AUGUCCGUCGAAUCUACCGACCGGCCGCUCCCUGAGCGCUUCGCCUUUAUCCACAAUGGUGCGAUAGCCGGUGCUGUCAUUGCUCCCCUUGCGAUGCUGCUCCCUCCCCGAAAAGUUGACCUCCGCUUCUUCGUCCUUGUUGGCACCUUCUCUCUCUCUACGAACUACCUCGCAUAUGCGUAUACUGGUACUUCAAUCUACACACGAUUUCAAAAUCGCAUCAGUCCCUUGUUCGACGUGGGCCUGCCCGCCGAAGCAAAGAAGACUCGACAGUUAUUACAAGAGCAUCGCCAGCGGGAAGCAGCGCUCAAGGGAACUCAGGGAAGCGAGGCUCAACAGAAGAGCGGGCUGGCCAAGGCCGUGGAGGACGUCUGGAUGGGUGGUCAAGACGCUGAUUGGCAGCAAAAACGGGCCGAGGAGCACCAGAAGAGCCUGGAAGAGGGCAAAGGCCUCUACGGCAUCAUCAUAGACCAGAUCUCUGACGUCUGGAGUGGCACCUGGAAGCCUCAGCCAAAGAAGACGGAUAGCGAAUCAACCCAGGCUCCGGCUUCUGAGAAGAAGUGA